AUGGCAACCCAGCUUGUUCAACUCCCAGAAGUGGAGCGCCUCAGCGCCUCAGUUGUGAGAAUUCUAGGCGGAAAUCCGGGGAAGUUCACACUCCAAGGCACAAAUACAUACUUAAUUGGUCGCGGCCACCAGCGAAUCUUAAUAGACACAGGCGAAGGCAAGCCCUCAUGGGCAGCAAACCUUCAAUCCGUGCUCUCGGCAGAAAAAGCAACAGUACACCAGGCACUCCUGACACACUGGCACGGCGACCAUGUCAGCGGGUUGCCAGAUCUACUCAAACUAUGUCCCCAAGCUCAGAUCUUCAAACACCAGCCUGAUUCCGAUCAGGCGGAUAUCCACGAGGGUCAGGUGUUCUCCGUUGAAGGUGCUACCUUGACAGCAUUCCAUACACCUGGACAUACCGUUGAUCAUAUGGUGUUUUUGCUUGAGGAGGAGAAUGCUAUGUUUACUGGUGAUAACGUCCUAGGCCACGGCACAGCCGUCUUCGAAACCCUCAAAACCUACCUCAACAGUCUCCACCGGAUGCGCGACCGCGUCUCCUCAGGCCGGGGAUACCCCGGACACGGGGCGGUGAUUGAGAACGCUGGCGCGCGGAUCACCGAGUACAUCAAGCACCGACAGCAGCGGGAAGACGAGGUCCUGCGUGUUCUGCGGUUUGGCAAGCUUGAUGUCGCGGCUGACGAGACCUCGCCGGAAGGCAAGCAGGCGUGGACACCUAUUGAGUUGGUUAAGUGCAUUUACGUUGGUGUUCCCGAGUCUUUACAUGUACCGGCUUCGCAUGGUGUGUUGCAGGUACUUAUAAAGCUUGAGGAUGAGGGAAGGACGGUUCAUGAUUCGGAGUCUGGGAAAUGGAGUCUUGUGAGUGAGAGGUCGGCUUUGUGA